UGACAUCAUAUUCCCUGAGGCUGGCCCUGGCGAAGGGCUGCUGACACCCUAUGGGAGCCAGGUGGCUGCAGGGCUGCAUUAGGAGGUGGUGUCCGGAGUUCGUGGGUGAGUGGACGUCCCUGAACACCUAUGGUCCCUGCAUCCGGGUGUGCUUAGUGCUGCAUCUGGGCUUCUACAUGUCCGCAGGUGGCCCUGCAUUUCACGCUUGAGGACAUAUGGCCCGGGCUAGGGAAGAAGCAGGGGACAGCCGGCUGGUAUCUCGUAGGGAGCCGUCAUCACGCAUCAUCAGAGUGUCUGUCAAGACCCCACAGGACUGCCAGGAAUUUAUGCUGGCAGAAAAUAGCAGUGUCCACCACUUUAAGAAACAGAUCUCUAAACGCCUUCACUAUAACACUGACCAGUUGGUGCUCAUUUUCACUGGAAAGAUCCUCCGGGAUCAAGACAUACUGAGCCAGCGUGGCAUCCUUGAUGGCACUACGGUCCACUUGGUGGUGAGGACCCAUCUGAAAGGAACUCCGCCUGGUCCCGGAACUCUGCUAGGCCCCACCGGCCACUGUGUGCAUCGCUUUGGACCGUCCACCUCGGACAGUGCUGGGAUGCUGGCCAGGCUGGGCCGGCUGGCCCGGAGGUCCCCUGAUCUGGCUGACUUUCUUGGCCAGAUGGCUCAACUCUUAAUGGUCUUCUCGGAAGACCCUAUGGUCCAAGGCCUGGCAAAUGAGAAAGCAGCCAAUGCCAGCCAUACUCUUGAAUCCUCAAGGCCAGUACAGAAAUCUGAGCCAGCUCCUAAGGCUCUGGAAACCUUGCAGAACCCAGCCCGGCAACAGCAGCUCCUGCAGGCAGACAAGUGGGGGCUAGAGGCCUUGAAGGCAGUGCCAGGUGGUGACAAUGCUAUGCAUCCAGUCUGCUCUGAUAUCCAGCAGCUCAUGCUCUUCACUCUGGCCCCAUUACUUGCCUCCAAAGGCCACAACCCAAGUUCAGAGCUUUAUAAAGAGGAGGUCAAUGCUCACAGCAGUACUGACACUACUACCAACAUCCCCACAGCCUCAGCACCUGCCAGGCCAUUUGCACAAAAGGUCAGUGCAGAAGAGGUUACCCAGGCCAGGAGCGUGGCCUCAAAUCAGGCCAAUUCAGGAUACGGGACUGGUAUGCCAGAUGUAAGUUUGGGCCAGGAUCUUCUCUUUCAGGAUGGUCAGCAGCCCACAGGGAAAACCACUUUAACCGGUCAGCUUAGACCCUCACCCUCUGCCUCGCAUAGGACCUUGCAUGUCCUGCAGCAGAAUCCAGCUCUUCUCCACCAGUUGGCAACUGGAAGCCCCCUGAGACAUCACAUGCCACUGCUUUCCAUCCUGACCAAUCCACGAGCACUGCAGGCAUUGAUACAGAUAGGAAAGGGCCUGCAGAUACUGUCCAAGGAGGUGGCUGGGCUGGGACCUUACUUAUGGGGCCAGGGUAGGCCACAUGGGACUAGACAGUGCCCUGAAGCUAGGGCUGGAGGGCAGGGCCAGAGAGCAGACUCCAUACAACCCACCUUGGCUGUUCUUCAGCUUCUCCACGCACUGGACAAUGCCUGCUUCCAGUCCACUCAAUCCUCACUACCUUCAUCCCCCCUCACUGAAGGCCUCUACCAGCGAGAACUGGAACAUCAGAGGGCCAUGGGUUUUACUAAUCGGGAUGCCAAUCUACAGGCUCUUAUGACCACAGGCGGAGAUAGUCAUACUGCCAUUGACAGGAUGCUGGGGGUACCGGAAGCCCAGGUGCCUCCAGCUGACGCCCCCAGUGCACCACCUCAUGGAGAGGGAGGGAAGGGAAGGGGGAAGGGAGGGGAGAGGAAGUAGCCUAUUUUGAAUCCUUCCUACUUAGAUCGUGUGCACACUUGAACAACUCCCCUCCCUCACUGCCCAAGCCUGUUCUACAUUAAAAACAUUGCUUG